AUGACAAAGACGCUGGACUUGGAGUCGACCUAUGGUCCGUUCAUGAUCGUUCUUGCGAUAUCAUGGGCUUUCUGGGGUGUGCUUGUGGCGCAGAUGUGCACCUACUAUAACGACUAUGCUGACGACUCGAGGACCAUGAAGAGCAUAGUGGCUCUUGUGUGGAUAGCCGACACCGCGCAAAAGGUCCUAAUCUCGAGUGGCCUGUAUAGAUGCGUGAUUCUGAACUUUGGACGGUCGAGCGGCAUAACGGAGGUAGCCAUCAUGGACAGCGAGAUUGUCCCUCACUUGGCGGUCGCCUUAAUCAUGCAAGGGUUUUUCUACUUGCGCAUCUACAAGUUGUCACGAAGCUACGCCGUCAUUGUGAUAUAUAUCAAGCUCAGCAACAAAGUUCAUAGUCUUCACCGCGGCUUCGCCAGUGCCUUCCGUCAUGACCUGCGUAUUGGGCGCAACCUUCGUUCCAAGAUGCAGCGUUUCGGCGGACGACUUGACAGACUCAGCGUCGUCUAUCGUAGCGGGACCUGGACGGCCAUUUUUGCACUUGUUACCCUGACUUUGUACGAAGUCGAUUCGAGCAGCAACUAUUACAUCAUCUUCAACCACAGCAUGUGCAGCGUUUACAGUUGUACGCUCCUCGCGAACCUCAAUGCUCGCAACUACCUGCGGAGCGUCGGCGACAACCCCAUUUCGAUCAAGAUCAUCUCAUUCGGUUCGAGCAGGUCCAAGAGCACCACAACGUCCACGAGGGGAGACGCAUCUGAGGCUGUGUAA